AUGGCAGUGAUUAACCAACCAUCAAACCAAAUCAAACUCACCAACGUGUCGUUGGUGAGAAUGAAGAAGGGUAGAAAAAGAUUUGAAAUAGCCUGCUACCAAAAUAAAGUCCAAGAUUGGAGACUGAAAGUAGAAAAGGAUUUGGACGAAGUCUUACAGAUUCCCCAGGUGUUUACUAAUGUGUCCAAGGGACAGGUGGCAAACAAUGAAGACUUGCUAGCCAGUUUUGGGAAAACAAAUCAUGAUGAAAUCAUCUUGCAAAUCUUAGAUAAGGGAGAAAUUCAAUUAAAUGAAAAGGAAAGAAGUGCUAAUUUACAACAGAAGAAUAAUGAGUUUUUGAAUAUAAUAUCGACUAAAUGUAUAAAUCCAAAAUCAAAGAAAAGAUAUCCCCCUUCCAUGAUUCAAAAAGCUUUGAUUGAGGUUAAAUUUCAUUUAAAUCCAAAUAAACCAACGAAGUUACAAGCCUUGGAAGCAAUUAAACUUUUAAUUGCAAAACAAGUUUUCCCAAUUUCAAGAGCUCAAAUGAAGAUUAAAUUGAUCUUCUUAAAUAAAGUCCCUAAAUCUAUUUACGAAGAUCAUUUCAAGUCAUUUCUUGAUAAGAUUGAAGAUGAAACUCAAGACACUAAAACUUUCGAAACAAUUGCAAUCAUUGAUCCAACCAACUACAGGGUCUUGGUGGACUUGUUACAAGGAGAAAACGCCAAAGUCAAAAAGGGUGAAGGUUCAAUUGAGGUCUUGGAUAUGGCUGCUAUUAAAGAGUAAGUAUAUAUAUAUAUAUAUCUAGUUUAACAGCGAGUUAAUCUGAGUCUGCUCCGCGUAAAUCUGAG